AUGCAGCGUAAACCAGGAUUUCCCGUGGCAAACUGCAAUAUUAAAAUGCCUGACAGCACUUUAGUAUCAGAAGUUGGGGAUGAUGACAUUGAGCCCCAGCAGAGACGACAGCAGCUCAUCAACUUUGGACAUUCACAAUGGGGCUUUAACAAUUGGAACUGGACUGUGACUAAACAGGACUUAGAUUUUGUAGAGUUACAGAACGGAAGAUAUUCAGCGGGUGUGGCUGCUUUUGUCAAUGUGACUGUGAAGAAUCUUGAUUUGCAUAGAGAAAAUGUUGGAUAUGCCACCUCCAAUGGGGUUACUAAAGGCUCGGCUAUACAUAGGGCCAGAAAGUGUGCAGUGACAAACGCUUUGCGCGAGACAUUGCUCAGUUUUGGUGGUAACGUGUCUACAGAGCUGCUAGAACUAUUGGAAACAAAUAAGCCUGAAUCGACAGUCCCAGAACCUGAAAGUACCCCCAAACCAACAGAACCUAAAAACCUAGUUCGGAAAGAAGAGAUUGUACUUAAUGGUGCAAGCGUCAAUGUGCCCAACGUGAUCCCGAUACGUCCGCCGCCCCCGGCCAUCAAGAACGCAGUGAAUAUCCCGCCCCCAAUAGCCAAGGCACACCCCAUGCCGGCUAACUUGCCUCCGGCGGCUAACCGUCCCCCGCUCGCCGCACCGAGACCCCCACCGCCUCCUCCGGCACCCCACGUCAGACCGAACAAUGAAGCGGCGAACGACGAAGAGGCACGUGCUGAAAGAAAAAGACGACAAAAACAAGCCCAAGAGGAAUUUAGGCUCAAACAGCUUCAGAAGCAGAACUUAGAUAACGAACUCGAUAAAAACAGCAGUAGUAUCGACAAUAUAUUAAUGGCAAUACCAUCUCAAGACAUAGUGACAGAGGAAACUGGCAACACCAUUGAGGAAGGAAAGAGAAAAUCGCCAUCUCCCCGCCUGGCAACCCCGCGAAGCGUAGGGCCAGUAACAGUUAGUUAUUGA